GAUUGGCCGGCCACCCGAGGUCGGCCACCACCCGCCGACUUGACACCCACGUAAGCUCCCCCGCUCCACUACGCGGCCGGCACGCCACCGCCUCCACCCGUCGCGACGCAACCUAUAUAUAAAACCGCGCCGCCGCUAGCUUAGCUCCAUCAACCCAUCCAUCCAUCCAUCAUCUUUCCCUGCUUGCCACACAACAGACGCAUCAAGGACUGCUCCAACAAAAGGCGUCAGAGUCCACACGGAUCCGGCCAUGGGAGUGGGGAUGAAGCGAGCGAGGGAGGAGGAGCCGGUGUCGCUGGCGCUGGCGCUGACCACGGACUCGGCGGCGUCGUCCACCACGUCGGCCGACUCGGCCGGCGGGCCUGCGGCGGCGGCGUCCAGGAAGAGGGCGCGGCGGGGCAGGAUGGUGGCCACGUCGGGGGAGGGGGAGUUCGUCUGCAAGACCUGCAGCCGCGCCUUCGCGUCAUUCCAGGCGCUGGGCGGGCACCGGACCAGCCACCUCCGGGGCCGCCACGGGCUGGAGCUCGGCGUCGGCGUUGCCAGGGCCAUCAGGGAGCGGAAGAAGCAGGAGGAGCGGCAACACGAGUGCCACAUCUGCGGGCUCGGGUUCGAGAUGGGCCAGGCGCUCGGGGGCCACAUGCGGCGACACCGCGAGGAGAUGGCGCUGCGCGGCGGCGGCGGUGGCGGCGACGACGGCGAUCAGUGGGUGUGGCGCAGCGUCGGGGAGCCGGAUCAGGAGGUGGUGGGGCACCGGACCGCCGCCAAUUACCAGCCGCCCGUCUUGCUCGAGCUAUUCGUCUAGGUAGCUAGCUGGAUACACUAGUUGUCACAAUUUUUUCAGGGAGGACAUCACUUGUACAUGUCUUUGAUUAGGAUGGUAUUUUGAGAUAGGUUAUUGGUUGGACAUUGUAAUUACGAAUUUACAGUAAGAUAGACUACGUUUUGCUUUCAA